AUCACAACUCUGUGAACUGUUGAGCGGAAACCCUAGCUUGUGUUUUCUCGCCGCAGCUUCAAGGGUCUGAGUGAAGAUGAAGUUCAAUAUUGCUAAUCCCACCACCGGGUGCCAGAAAAAGCUCGAGAUUGACGACGAUCAGAAACUCCGGGCAUUCUUCGACAAGAGGAUCUCACAGGAAGUUAGUGGAGAUGCCCUUGGAGAGGAAUUCAAAGGGUAUGUCUUCAAAAUCAUGGGAGGAUGUGACAAGCAAGGAUUCCCGAUGAAACAGGGAGUUUUGACCCCAGGGCGUGUUCGUCUUCUCCUGGUGAGAGGAACACCCUGCUUUCGUGGGUAUGGAAGGAGGAACGGAGAACGGAGGAGGAAGUCUGUACGUGGUUGUAUCGUGAGCCAAGACCUCUCAGUUCUGAACUUGGUUAUUGUGAAGAAGGGUGAGAAUGAUCUUCCAGGUUUGACUGAUGUGGAGAAACCUAGAAUGAGAGGUCCAAAGAGGGCUUCCAAAAUCCGCAAACUCUUCAAUCUUUCGAAAGAGGAUGAUGUUAGGAAGUAUGUGAACACAUACCGCAGAACAUUCACAAACAAAGCUGGGAAGGAGGUGAGUAAAGCACCAAAAAUACAGAGAUUGGUGACUCCAUUGACUUUGCAAAGGAAGCGAGCGAGAAUUGCAGACAAGAAGAAGAGAAUUGCUAAGGCGAAAUCGGAGGCAGCUGAAUAUCAGAAACUUCUUGCUAGUCGAUUGAAGGAGCAGCGAGAGAAGCGAAGCGAGAGCUUAGCCAAGAAGAGAUCCAGGCUUUCUGCUGCGUCCAAGCCUUCCAUUGCAGCAUAAUUAUUAGCAACUUUUUCAUGAUGGAUUGGAUUCAUGUUUUGUGGUUGUGGUGUUCUUUUUGAUUGAUUAGAUAGAUGUUUUGUUAUGGGAUAUUGCUGUUGAAUGCUUAAUGUGGAAGAUUGCUGUUUCUUUGUUUCCAACCAAAAA